AUGCAGCCUGCCCCACAGAGUGCCAAUGGCAUUCAGUAUGGUCCACAGGAGUUUGAGUUCUACCAGCAACUCUUCGUCAUUGCCAAUCCUGAUGGCAGGGAGGCGCUGGAUCCGCACGUGGCCGCCAACUUUCUGGCAGCGAGCCAGCUUCCCCAGGAGAUCCUGCACCAAGUGUGGCACUUUGCUACGUCGCUUCAAUCCUACACACAGGACUACCUCAUGGCCGAAGGCUUUUGGUUGGCCUGUCGCUUGGUGGCUUGGGCCCAGAAUGGCGGCCUGCCCUUGGAUGUGGUCCAUGCGCACCAGGAGCCGCCCUUGUUGCCGGAGUUCCCUGGCCUUCAGCGGCCCCCCUCGUCCUUGGGCUCGCGAGCACAUAGUAUCCAUGGAAGCGAGCACUCGGAGAUGCAACCGGUGAUCCGCUUGCAACACGCCGCUGCCGUGGCGGCCGCCGAAGUGGCGGAGGGGCGAGGAAGAUCGAUGUCGCCGCGAAGGGUCUUCACACCUGAGAGGUGGGCGCCCUCGCGGCGGGAGCGGCGCAAGUACGCGGGGCUCUUCCAGCGCUCGGACUGGGAUCACGAUGGCUUCGUCCAGGAGGGGAUCUUGCGGCAGAUUUGGGACCUCGCCGAUGCCAGGACACAAGAUGGCCAGCUGGAUUUCGCGGAGUUCGUGUGCAUGGUGCACCUCAUCACUUGUGUCCUGCGUGGCUGUGGGCCCUUGGGGCCUCAACUGGCACCCCAACUGCAGCAGGCCUUAGCGACCUUGGAGCCGCUGGAGCAACUGGCCCAGGAACGCGAGCAGAGCCGCAGCCGCAGCGCGUCGCCCGCACCCGCGGAGCUGGUUCAGAGUGACAUGUGGGGAGAUGGGAACUCGAGAGGGAGAUCGCCCUCUCCACGAAGGGUUUGGACACCUGAGAGGUGGGCGCCCUCGCGGCGGGAGCGGCGCAAGUACGCGGGGCUCUUCCUGCGCUCCGACACCGACCAGGAUGGCUUCGUCCAGGCAGGCGAGGCCAAAGCGCUGAUGGAACGCUCGGGGCUCGAGGAAGGGAUGUUGCGACAGAUCUGGGACUUGGCGGAUGCCAGGACACAAGAUGGGCAGCUGGAUUUCGUGGAGUUCGUGUGCAUGGUGCACCUGGUGUCUUGCGUCCUGCGGGGCUGCGGGCCCUUGGGCCCUCAACUGGCACCCCAACUGCAGCAGGCCUUAGCGACCUUGGAGCCACUGGAGCAACUGGCCCAGGAACGCGAGGAGAGCCGCAGCCGGAGCCGCAGCGCGUCGCCGGCGCCGCCCGUGGCAGAGCUGGUCAAGACCGAAAGGUUGACGGAGAUGCCCGACUUUGAGACAGCAUUCCAGACCGAUGGGGCCGAGCAUUUUGGAGGAGACUUUCCCAAGGACUUUGCCAAAGACUUCGCAGGUGACUUCGGGGAGUUCCCCAACGACGCGUUCGGGGGAGAUGGAGGGGAUUGGCCAGGUGAGAAGGGCAAAAAGAAGAAGAAAAAGGACAAGAAGGAGAAGGAAAAAGACAAGGACCAGCACAAGGACUUCGGUGAUGGUGGUUUCGGCGACUUGGGCGACUUUGGCGCUUUCGGAGACCCCUUUGGGACGAUGGGUGGUGCACCCGAGACCGAUCUGGGAGAGGACCCUUUCCGCACCAGCGGCUUCGAGCCGUUCCACCCCAGCUUUCCGGAGAAUGAGAGGACCAGACCGUUGCAGUCGGUGCUGGAGAAGGAUCGCCAUUUGGCACAGCAGCUGCGAAAAGAAGUGGAUCAGUUGGACAAAGAUCUAAGGCGCUUGCAAGCUUUGGACGUGGAGUUGGAACAACUGCAUUCACAGGACUCCAAGGAGAUUGAGAAGCUUCGGCAUCACAGCCAGGCCUUGCAAAGAGACUUGGAGGAGGGCCAACGUCGUCUGUCGGAGCUGCGGGAGGCGCGGUCUGUGGCGAACCAGGAGAGCCUCACCUUGCGCCGGGACCAGGACCAUCUCCUCCAGGAGCUGAAGUUUCUGCGACAUAUGGCUGAAGAGGAAGAAGAACUGAUCAUUCUGCUGCAGAACUCGAACCAAUAUCUGGAGACGUCCUGUGGCAAUCUGGAGACCAACUCGCAGGUCUUGAACCAGAUCCAUACCGAUUUGCAGCGGCAGAUCUCUACGGAACAGGAGCAGCUGGAUCGGGAGAAGAAGGAGCUGCGUGACUUCCAAGGUCAACUGGACAACCUCAAGAGCUCUGGUCUAAGCUCGGGCACACCGGUGGCAGAGCCACCGGCCGCCCCAAAGAAGAAGCCGACCAUGAUUUUGGAGCGGGAGGGGGUCUGA